AACUGUCGCUUGUAUGUGGAGGAGAUGGAGACUGAGAGACACCUUCAUUGCUUGAUAAAUUGAGGAGCUUGAUAAAGAUAUUGCUUUUUCAGUUUCUCUAUGUCUGUUACAUCUCGACAACGCUUAUAUCUAGAGAAACUGUUCUUGCAUAUCAGGUGUUUGUGAAAAUGUCUGACCCAAUGUAACGUAGAUUUUUUGCUAAUAAAGGGCCGUUGUUGGGAUAUUCAGGGGAAAGAUGGGCCCUUUACGGCAAUUUGUUCAGAAUUUCAGACUUUUGUCUGGUUUUGGAACUGAUCACAGGGUUUUUCUGGAUGUUGUCAAAGCUUGUGCUUCAGUGUCUGAUCUCACAUCAGGGAGGGCUCUGCACGGUUGCGUGUUCAAGCUUGGUCAUAUAGCCUGCUCUGAGGUUUCGAAGUCAGUUCUUAACAUGUAUGCGAAAUGCAGGAGAAUGGAUGAUUGCCAGAAGAUGUUUAGGCAAAUGGACAGUCUUGAUCCUGUUGUUUGGAAUAUUGUUCUGACUGGACUUUCUGUUUCUUGCGGUCGUGAAACGAUGAGGUUUUUCAAAGCAAUGCACUUUGCAGAUGAACCUAAGCCGAGCUCUGUUACCUUUGCGAUUGUUCUUCCUUUGUGUGUUCGCCUUGGGGAUUCAUACAAUGGGAAGAGUAUGCAUUCUUAUAUUAUUAAAGCCGGUUUGGAGAAAGAUACACUUGUGGGGAAUGCUUUGGUUUCCAUGUAUGCCAAAUUUGGUUUUAUUUUUCCCGAUGCUUAUACUGCAUUUGAUGGUAUAGCUGAUAAAGAUGUUGUCUCUUGGAAUGCGAUUAUUGCUGGGUUUUCUGAGAAUAAUAUGAUGGCUGAUGCAUUUAGAUCGUUUUGUCUAAUGCUGAAGGAACCUACAGAGCCAAAUUAUGCAACAAUUGCAAAUGUUUUGCCUGUUUGCGCUUCUAUGGACAAGAACAUUGCAUGUCGAAGUGGUAGACAGAUUCACAGUUAUGUUGUGCAGAGGUCUUGGCUGCAAACCCAUGUUUUUGUAUGUAAUUCACUUGUUAGUUUCUAUUUGAGAGUCGGAAGGAUAGAAGAAGCAGCCUCAUUGUUUACCAGGAUGGGUUCUAAAGAUCUAGUUUCAUGGAAUGUUGUCAUAGCUGGUUAUGCAUCAAAUUGUGAGUGGUUUAAAGCAUUUCAGUUAUUUCACAACUUGGUGCAUAAGGGGGAUGUUUCUCCUGAUUCGGUAACUAUUAUCAGUAUCCUUCCUGUCUGUGCGCAAUUAACUGACUUGGCCUCUGGGAAAGAGAUCCACAGUUAUAUAUUGCGCCAUUCUUACCUUUUGGAGGAUACAUCAGUUGGGAAUGCUCUCAUUAGUUUCUAUGCAAGAUUUGGUGACACAAGUGCAGCAUAUUGGGCCUUUUCACUGAUGUCCACGAAGGAUAUAAUAUCUUGGAAUGCUAUACUUGAUGCCUUUGCAGACAGUCCAAAGCAGUUUCAAUUUUUGAAUCUCUUGCACCACUUACUUAAUGAAGCAAUCACUCUUGACUCUGUUACUAUUUUAAGCCUACUAAAGUUUUGCAUAAAUGUACAGGGAAUUGGUAAAGUAAAAGAAGUUCAUGGGUACUCAGUUAAGGCUGGUCUUUUACACGAUGAAGAGGAACCCAAGCUUGGCAAUGCAUUGCUUGAUGCAUAUGCCAAAUGUGGUAAUGUUGAAUACGCUCAUAAGAUUUUUCUGGGUUUAUCAGAGAGGAGAACUUUGGUUUCCUAUAACUCAUUGUUAUCAGGAUAUGUUAAUAGUGGAAGUCAUGAUGAUGCUCAGAUGCUCUUCACUGAGAUGUCUACUACUGAUCUCACCACUUGGAGUUUGAUGGUUCGUAUCUAUGCUGAAAGUUGUUGCCCUAAUGAAGCCAUUGGUGUUUUCCGUGAGAUUCAAGCUCGAGGAAUGAGGCCUAACACUGUGACUAUCAUGAAUCUCCUUCCUGUUUGUGCGCAGCUAGCCUCUCUGCAUCUAGUAAGACAAUGUCAUGGAUAUAUUAUUAGAGGCGGACUUGGUGAUAUCCGCCUGAAGGGGACUCUACUAGAUGUAUAUGCUAAAUGUGGCAGCUUGAAGCAUGCAUAUUCUGUCUUCCAGUCAGAUGCUCGUAGAGAUCUGGUUAUGUUCACUGCUAUGGUAGCUGGGUAUGCUGUACAUGGUAGGGGCAAGGAAGCACUUAUGAUCUACUCUCAUAUGACUGAAUCAAACAUAAAGCCCGAUCAUGUUUUCAUAACUACUAUGUUGACUGCAUGCUGUCAUGCAGGGUUAAUACAGGAUGGAUUGCAAAUAUAUGACUCAAUAAGGACAGUUCACGGUAUGAAACCUACAAUGGAACAAUAUGCUUGUGCUGUAGAUCUAAUUGCUCGAGGGGGUCGACUUGAUGAUGCAUAUUCUUUUGUCACACAGAUGCCAGUUGAACCUAAUGCAAAUAUAUGGGGAACACUGUUAAGGGCGUGUACAACCUAUAAUAGGAUGGAUCUGGGGCACUCAGUUGCAAAUCAUCUCUUGCAAGCUGAAUCUGACGACACCGGAAACCACGUUCUAAUAUCGAAUAUGUAUGCUGCAGAUGCUAAAUGGGAAGGCGUGAUGGAGUUGAGAAACCUAAUGAAGAAAAAGGAAAUGAAAAAGCCAGCGGGAUGUAGCUGGCUAGAAGUGGAUGGGCAAAGGAAUGUCUUUGUGUCUGGAGAUUGUUCUCACCCUCGUAGAGACAGUAUUUUUGACUUAGUAAAUGCUUUAUAUCUUCAGAUGAAAGAGCCUGUGGUGUUUUAAUCGAUGAAAAUUGUUAAAACGCUGCGAAGCUAGAUCAUGAUGGUCUACACAAAGCAAUUGCACAUAUGACACAGACAAAUCUUGAGUGAACAAUGUAAGAGAACAAUCUUCCUCUUCCAAUGAUAUUGUUGUGAAACUCUACAUGUACAUAAUCUUUGGGAUAGUAGGCAGAGAACAAACUUAUGAUUAAUCUGUCGGGUUUAUGGUUUGCCACUCGAAUUGGGAGAUGUUAAAGGAAACAAAGUAAGCAAUUCUGGUUCUGUAUACCCCGGUUUAGACCUUGGCGAUGGAUGCAAGUAAAAGCGUCUUUCUUUAAUGGCUUUCUCCUCUUCUUCGAUGUUUGUUGUACAACUAUCUGGUUCCCCUUCUAUCAAGGACAAGUUAGAGAACAAUGAAGAAGGGGUGCCCACUGGACUUGUUAAAAGGUUGGUAUUACCAGAUUUAGAUGAUGGUGUCGUACCAGUGGGCUUAAAGCUCAGAGGAGGUUUGACAAUUUCAAGCUUUGGCCUCAUACAUUGCCUUCUCUCAUGGAGCUUUGAAGUUGGCCUCUUUUGUAUGGCGGUUUUUAUCACUGUUGCUUCUGGUGUUGCUGCUGCAGCGUUGUUCUCUGUUGGACCUGUCAAGCGCUGCACAAUUUCUCUGAAAGUGUUGGUGUCAGUUUGGACAAAUGUAGUGACAGGCUUGCAGGUUGUUGCAACGUUUUGACUCCCUUUGCUAUUCAUAUUUGAUGAGAAGAUGAAAAAAUAUUCAAACAUGAAAGGUCCUAUCAAGAGAACCGAGGAAUGUCAACUUCAUGUGAGUUCAGAGAUUAGAUUGAUGGAAGGUUAGAAAUACUCAGAAGUCUUCUUGUAAUCCAAAAUUAGGUAUUUGUUAAAGAUUUCCUUCGUCAUAAUUUUUCAAAAACAAGCAACUCAAAACAUAAAUAGCUACAGAUACAAAAGAUGAGGUAGUCGUGUACUCAAACCUCACCACUUUUACAAGAGCACUAGAUUCUUAUGUGGGGAAAAAUAAUAAAAAAUUGGCUUCUCCUAAAUUUGCUUUGACUUGUUGUAUACUCAAAUAUCUAUAUCAAAGUUUGGUGCUCUUACUAAUUGUAGGAAUGACAAUGAAGAGGGCUUUUCAUGUCCUAAAUCUAUCUUCAUCGUCAUAAUCAUCAUCUUUAUGGUGGUUACUAGUUCAUAUGAUGAGAGAACUGUUAAUAAAAGUUUCUAUGUAGCAUUCAAUUUACGAUUUGAUAACCCUACAGGAGUCAGAGAGAAUGAUAAAAAGGUCAAAAGGCAUACCUGAAGAGCAAGCCGAGGCAACAAGUGGAGGUAAAAUCGAAUGAGAAUGCCGGAUUUUUUUCUGAAGAAAUAGAACUUAAAACAGAAGAAGGAAAUAAAAAGAGAGAGAAAGAACUAAAAGAAGAUAUAAAGACUGUUGUUGGUCUAAUGGUCACAGCUCAGAACUUGUUCAUAUUACCAGAAAAGAGAAGAAAAUGAAAAGAGGAAAAUCAGGAGAAGAAUAUGGAGAGGAAAGAGGAAAAGGACUCUUUUAUCCCUUUGUUCUUAACCGUUUUUGGGUUUGGGUUUUUGUCACACAAAAAAGAUAAUAAAUUAUUUUGUUUAUAGAACUAAGUUUGUUUGGUCAAACAUCAAAAUGACAUAAUUUGUGAUGAGUUUAUUUCAUUGUUGUCGUGAAGGAAUGGAGAAAGGAAGUUAAAGAAGGAAGAAAUGCAUGCCGUUUCGGUUAAGGAGAUGGGUAGAGAGAGACGUCACAGCAACCUCUCUCCCCCGCCCAAUUUAU